AUGGAUUCAUUGGAGGAUGACAAGAAAAUUUUUAAAGAGCCUUUUCCUAUAGAUAAUUAUACUUUUCGUCAACCACCUGGUUGUGCAGAUGAUACAGAUUCAGAUGAUGAUGAAAUAAAUUCAAUUAUUAAUAAUACUAAAGAUUUUGAUGCAAUAGAGAGAGGUAGAAGAUCUAGAAGCUCUUCUGUAUGUUCUGUAAGUUCAGUUAUUGAUGACUACAUUCCUGAACAAUGGAUUUUGAAAGAUUUUCAUCUUCCUGAUGAUAUUGAAAUGAAAAGACUAGGAAAAGUUUUAAAUAUUGUUGAGACUGUUGUUACAAUUGGUGACACAGAAAAAUCUGGACAUAUUAUAAAUCUUGAAAGUAAAGUUUUUAAUGAAGAUAGACUUUGUAUUGGAGUAAUUUAUGAUAUUAUGGGAUCAGUUACUGAUCCAAUAUACUGCUUGAGGUUUGAUACAGAGAUGCGUGCUCAUUCAUUGACACCUGGUCAGACUUUAUAUGUUGCUAAAUCUGGAAAAGAAUUUACAGAAAUAAUUUUUAAGGAAACAUUUAAAUCCAUGAAAAUUGAAGAGGAAUUUUCAGAAUCUGAAGAUGAGUAUUAA